UUGCGGAAGCUGUCAACGAGUCAUGGCGUUUUGUUAUUGAGUUGGUGGAGCAUGGAUUUUAAUUCAUCGUCUAUAAUGUGCCCGUUUGAUGGCGCUUAAUUAAUGUAAGGAUAUUAUUUACGGUAGCUGCGUUGCAGCAGACUCCUCGAAGCCGUCCUGAGUGCUUUUGAAGUGCAGACACUGCGUCUCUAUAUGGUAUCGGAAGUGAUAUCGCAUGUGCCUCGUCGGCGGCAGUGAAGAUGCCGGAGUCUUUCGCUGGCUUCGUGGUAAAAACAUGACCAACCUGACAUUCCGACACGAUGGACGUUCAGGUGAUUCAAGGAUUCCUUGCACAUGGGGACCAGGCUGCACAUGCCAGGGCAUUACAGUACUUUGAGCAGCUGAAAAGUGCUCCAAAUGGCUGGCAGCUUUCCAUGCAGAUGCUCCUGCAGCCUUCCGUUCAGGAUGACUCUGUGAAGUUUUUCUGCCUGAGUGUCCUGGAACACUACAUAAAGACAGGGUAUGAGGCAGCCAAGGAAGGUGAUCAACAGGCCAUGCGGACCUUUAUUAGCCAGUGGAUACAGAUGCAGGUGUACGCCCCGAUUCCAGAGAAGGUGUUCAUCCGCAACAAAGUGGCACAGCUGGUGUGCUGGGUGUUCCUCUGGGACUACCCAGCACGCUGGCCCAGCUUUUUCGCUGACAUGCUCCAAACAUUGUCACUGGGACCGCCUGCUGUGGAUGCUUACCUGCGUGUUGUCCUUGCCAUCAAUAGUGAAAUCGCCGACUGUGAGAUACCGCGCACUGCCAAGGAACAAGACCGAAACAGAUUGCUAAAGGACAACAUCCGAGAAACACACAUUGUGGACAUGGUGAACUCUUGGUACACCAUCCUGACGACCCAGUGCCAAAGCCCUGCUGGUGUGGAAUUAUGCCGGCUGUGUCUUGAAGUGGUGGGCGCAUAUGUGGCCUGGAUUGACAUUGGCCUAGUGGCCAACGCCCGCUUUGUGGACGCACUGGUUCACUUUCUGUCCUUGCCGGCCCUGCGAGAAUCGGCGUGUGACUGUGUGUGUGAGAUCCUGGCCAAGGGCAUGGACCCGGCCGACAAGGCACGCCUCGUCGAGUCCCUCUCUCUGGUCCUGCAGAGGGCUGGCGUGCUUACAGUGGCUGAGGGAGAAGAUGUGGACUUUCUUAUCAAGUUGGCAAAGCUUGUAAAUUCGAUGGGGAUCCAGCUGUUCGACUCAUAUUCAAAGUUGCAGAAAAAAGGCGAUGCUCCCAACCGGCAGCUGGUGCAGUCAGAGCUGGCCUCCAAGGUGCCCCUGAUGCUUCAGUUCCUAGGACACGAAGAUGACGACGUAUCCCAAGGGGUGGCUGAGUUCGCACGCGAAUACAUUCAAUACCUCAAGCACGAGCCAGGCAACUACAAGCAGCCAGACAAGGCCAAUAUUGAGGCGGUGUUGUACAUAGUAAUUAACAAAUACAAGUAUGACAGUUCUUAUUUAUUUGAACGUCAGGGCGAAGAUGAAGCCUUAUUUUUAGAAUACAGAAAAACACUAAAGGUGCUCUUUGACAACGUUGCUCAGCUGGAUAAAGACAUGACCUUGUCCCUGACACAAGGCAUGAUAAGCACUACACUUCAGAAUUGGAGGAGCAUUCCAUUUCAAGAUGUGGAAGUUGCCAUCUCGUUCUUGUAUCUCCUUGGCGAGGCCAUUCCCGGAUUCCACAGUGCUCAGGUUAAUGGGUCUCCAGAUGCUCUUCCACCAGUUGUAGUCAUUAUGCGGCAGCUCAUCUCGAGUGGUGUAAGCACCUGUGGCCAUCCUGCAGUAACAUUGCAGUUCUUCGAGACCAUUGUACGAUACGAGAAGUUCUUCAGCCAGGAGCCAGAAAGCAUUCCAGACGUUCUUGUUGCCUUCAUGGAUGAAAGGGGCCUGCGCCACCCAAGUCCCAGCGUGCGCAGCCGGGUGUCCUACCUUUUUUCGAAGUUCAUCAAGUCGCAUAAAGCGCACAUGUUGAACUUCACUGAAGACAUUCUGAAGCAGCUGCAGGAAUUGCUGGUGCUGUGCCCCACUGAGAAUGGUGUCACCAUGUCUUCGCUGUUGUCACCCGAUGAUCAACUGUACCUGUUUGAGGCGACUUCCAUGCUCAUAGUGUCGGGCCAGUUCAACGCUGAGAAGAAGCAGCUGCUCUUGAAGAACCAGUUGACUCCUGUGAUGCGCAAGUUCGAGACUCUGGCCCAGCGGUUGCCUCUUGAGCCUACAGAGGAGAAGCGGCGAGACAUUGCAGAGUGCAUGAAUCAUGCCAUUGCAGUGACCAGUCGAACGAGCAAGGCAUUCUCGAAUCAGCAAACUAUGAAAGCUUGCAACUGUGUUUCCAUUUACCUGGAAGCACUUCAGGUGUUCCUGCAGGCCUUGGAUCUUCCAUAUGAGCAGCCAUUGCUCCAGGCCGGUGUGCGGCAGUUUCUUCACCGUAUGGUUGUGUGUCUUGAAGAGGAAGUUCUGCCACUUGUGCCUCGCGCCUGUGAGCAGCUUCUGCGCAACCCCGACGUACGCUCGGUGCAGGAGUUAAUACCACUCAUCAACCAGAUCGUCUGCAAGUUCAAGCUGUCUUGGGUGUUCCAGAAAGAGGUGGUGCCUUUCCUGCAACGGAUGUUCAUGCCGCUGGUCGGAGUCAUCUUCGGUGCAUUGGCUGCGCCUGUGGAACCUGGCGAUGAGCAGGCACUGCGUGAUCGGCAACUGCUGCAGCGCGCUUACUUCCUCUUCGUGGCUGCUAUCAUCACCAACAACGUGGUUGAGGUGGUUGCUUCGCAAGAUGCACAAAGCCUGGAGCAAGUCUUCACGACAAUCAUCCAGGGUGCUGUCGAAUUCCCUGACCCAGUGGCUCAGAAGACCUGCUUCACAAUCCUGCGGAAAAUGGUGGAGCUGUGGGGCGGACCAGAUGCUGAGCCGCACUUUGUAGACUUUGUGUACAAGUCGGUUGUGCCAGCCUGCUUCCAUGCCCCUCUCAAGGACACCUUUGACCUGACCGAUGCUCAGACGAUCCUGGCCUUAUCUGAAAGUGCUCUUUGCAUGAAGAUGAUCCUUGCCAAGCGGGGCGAGGAGUUCACAGAGUAUUUACGCACCCAGUACCUUCCCACCCUGCUGAGGCUGUCGCCACAGCAGAUCCAAGACUACUGCAUGCACCUGCAGGGUGAUCCCAAGGUGUUCAAGAACUAUGUUAAGGUAUUCUUCCAAAGGCUGAGGACAUCUUGACAGCAGGGGAGGGCCUUCUUCCGGUCUUAGCAAAAUGACGAAUCCUUUUCUUUAUUCUGCAGAUUGUGUACAGCAAUUAUCAAGGGUCUGUGUAUAUUGCGCUCUAUUUGGGUUUUUCUAUGCAUUGCCAUCUGAUGUGAAUGCUUCCUAUGGAAUAUUUUGUACAGGCUGUGAUGACGCAGAGUGAAAUAAAUGGUGAUGCAGCGAA